UUCCAGGGGGGCGGAGAAAGGAGGGCAGGCCCCAGGCGGGAAGGAGGGAGGGAAAGAGGCGAAAGGAGGAGUUUUCUAGCCCGGCCUUCGCCCGCCCGCUAACACGCAGUCCCUGGUCUCUUUGGUCUCCUCCCGCCCCUUGGAAGCGCACUGCGCUGCCGUGGCGAGCUGCUCACCCACUCGCUAUGGGGAGCCCCGCACACCAGCCCGCGCUGCUGCUGCUGCCACCUCUGCUGCUGCUGCUGCUGCGCGUUCCGCCCAGCCGCAGCUUCCCAGGAUCGGGAGACUCACCACUAGAAGACGAUGAAGUCGGGUAUUCACACCCUAGAUAUAAAGAUACCCCAUGGUGCUCCCCCAUCAAGGUGAAGUAUGGGGAUGUGUACUGCAGGGCCCCUCAAGGAGGAUACUACAAAACAGCUCUGGGAAGCAGGUGUGACAUUCGCUGUCAGAAGGGCUAUGAGCUGCAUGGCUCUUCCCUACUGAUCUGCCAGUCAAACAAACGAUGGUCUGACAAGGUCAUCUGCAAACAAAAGCGAUGUCCUACCCUUGCCAUGCCAGCAAAUGGAGGGUUUAAGUGCGUAGAUGGUGCCUACUUUAACUCCCGGUGUGAGUAUUAUUGUUCACCAGGAUACACGUUGAAAGGGGAGCGGACUGUCACAUGUAUGGACAACAAGGCCUGGAGCGGCCGGCCAGCCUUCUGUGUGGAUAUGGAACCUCCUAGAAUCAAGUGCCCAAGUGUGAAGGAACGCAUUGCAGAACCCAACAAACUGACAGUCCGGGUGUCCUGGGAGACCCCUGAAGGAAGAGACACAGCAGACGGCAUUCUUACUGAUGUCAUUCUAAAAGGCCUCCCCCCAGGCUCCCAUUUUCCAGAAGGAGACCACAAGAUCCAGUACACAGUCUAUGACAGAGCUGAGAAUAAGGGCACUUGCAAAUUUCGAGUUAAAGUAAGAGUCAAACGCUGUGGCAAGCUCAAUGCCCCAGAGAAUGGUUACAUGAAGUGUUCCAGCGACGGGGAUAAUUAUGGAGCCACCUGUGAGUUCUCCUGCAUCGGUGGCUAUGAGCUCCAGGGUAGCCCUGCCCGAGUAUGUCAAUCCAACCUGGCUUGGUCUGGCACAGAGCCCACCUGUGCAGCCAUGAACGUCAAUGUGGGUGUCAGAACGGCAGCUGCACUUCUGGAUCAGUUUUAUGAGAAAAGGAGACUCCUCAUUGUGUCCACACCGACAGCCCGAAACCUCCUUUACCGGCUGCAGCUAGGAAUGCUGCAGCAAGCACAGUGUGGCCUUGAUCUUCGACAUAUCACCGUGGUGGAGCUGGUGGGUGUGUUCCCGACGCUCAUUGGCAGGAUAGGAGCAAAGAUUAUGCCUCCAGCCCUAGCGCUGCAGCUCAGGCUGUUGCUGCGAAUCCCACUCUACUCCUUCAGUAUGGUGCUAGUAGAUAAGCAUGGGAUGGACAAAGAGCGCUAUGUCUCCCUGGUGAUGCCUGUGGCCCUGUUCAACCUAAUUGACACUUUUCCCUUGAGAAAAGAGGAGAUGGUCCUACAAGCUGAAAUGGGCCAGACCUGUAGCACCUGACGUGAUGAUUCCUCUCUUGGCAGUUCCUCUUCAUUGUCUACAUGAUGACAUGCACACAGGAAAGCCUUAAAAAUAUCCUUGAUGUACAGAUUUUUAUUUGUAAUUUUUAAAGUCUAUUUUAUUAUGAGCUUUCUUUGCACUUAAAAAUUAGCAUGCUGCUUUUUGUACUUGGACGUGUUUCAAAAAAUUAUAUGACUAUAUUUACUCUUUCUUUCUUUACCCCAGAGAAAUUAGAACACAUAACCAUACACAAGCUAUCAACAUGUUAUUCAAUAUAAUACUUAAUCUUUUCUAUUUUGUUUUUUAAAUAAGACUUUUAUUAAUAAAAUGUUUUGGAGCAAA